AGUCGUGAUAUAAAGUUCCAAACAACGUAUUUUAUUCUAAAAAACAAAAUGUUGCGUUCAAGUACCAUAAUUAUUCUUUACUUUGUGAUUGCCUUAGGAUUGGCAAACCCCAUAAAUAAGGCCGCACAGAAUUGGGACCCAGAAAUCAAUCCGGAUCUAUUCGAAGGAGAUAUCUUCGGUAUCGAGUCGAAAAAUGCUGUAAGAGACCCUGCUCUGCUUUGGCCUGGAGGCAUUGUUUAUUACACCAUAGACACCGGCUUCACUGCUGAGGAACUUGCCACGCUUGCAGACGCUUUCGCCCAGUACGAAGCCAACUCAUGCAUCCGAUUCAUCGUCAGGAACAAAGAGAAAGAUUACGUAAUCGUUCAGAAAACUGGUGGAGGAUGUUACAGCUCUGUUGGCAUGGUCGGAGGAUCUCAAACUCUUUCACUCGACUCGAAUUGUUUCCGUUGCACAGAAACUGGAUGUUUGUCUGGCACGCCUAUCCACGAGUUCCUGCACGCACUCGGUUUUUACCACGAGCAGAGCCGCACGGAUCGCGAUGAUUACGUCACAAUCAACUAUGAAAACAUUCAGCCAGGAUAUGAAAGUAACUUUGAUAGCUACAGCCAAGAUGUAAUUCAGCACUUGGGAGCUCCCUAUGACUACGGAUCUGUCAUGCACUACGGAGCGUAUGGUUUUGCUGUCGAUCCAACAAUCCCAACAAUUAUUGUACCUGAUGGUGUCUCGAUCGGCCAGAGAGUGGGUUUCAGCGAGGUUGAUUUAUUCAAGCUGAACGCCCUCUACGAAUGCCCAGCUAAAAAACAGCAGAUUUAACAGCUGCUAGGAAGCGAACGUAUAUCAAAAACGGCAUUUGGACAUAUAAUCUGUAUUCUUGAGUAAAAGAUUUAUUAUUACUUUAAACAUUUCAAAAUAAACAUGAUUACAAGUUGCAA